AGGCAUUUGUUCACUUGUCUUUGCAUCCCCUGUGUCCCAAUUCACUUUCCGUCCGGGUCCUCCCAAGGGAACCCCCAACGCCAGCAUGGCAGAGGGCUUACUCCACUGUACCACAAGGGCAGCCUCUUAAUUAAUACUUUUUGUCCCAUUUCCCACAAACUUUUUAAGCAUCUUCAGUGUUGCUCCUGGUUCAAGUUGCUCCAAUAAAAUAUUAUAAAAUGUUGUGCAUACAUACACAUUCUUGGAACAAUUACCAUCAUUUCUAUGAUUUUCUUAAAGUUGCCUGCCUGAUAAUAGGAGGGACACUCUUUAUAGUUCAGACCUGAAUGUAGACUGCUGCUAUUUUAAUAAAUGUUAUUUUAUUUAUAAUGUUGCUAUUUUUUUAAUCAUGAUUUUUCUUGCAUUCAUUUUCAGUUAAAAUCACAUGAAUGUAGAACUGUUUUAAUUACUGAAUAUUUUUGCUCCUAUAAAUGUUACACCUGAAAUUGACACGUGUCAUGCUCAUCCUAACCUUGACCCAUGAUUGCAUAAUCCCCAGGUGUAGUAAUGAAUUUUACAUCCAAAAAUUUAUUUUCAUAGUUUUAUUUCACUUACUCUGUCUUUUUAGUACAUUUAGGUAAUUUGGAGGGAUCUCAACAUAUUUUUUGGCACAUCAUUUAAGAUUUGUAAGCAAUUGCCCAAGGUUGAAGAUUUAUAUAAUAUUCUGAAUAGCUUUAGUAUAUAUAUAUAUAUCAAAUUUUUGUGAAACUGGUUCUUAUUAUUAUUAUUUAGGAAUUUUUGGCCUUCUAACCUCUUCGUGGCAAAACCUAGAAAUGAACGAUACAACUAUUCUGACAAAUACCUCAAACCUUCAAGUAGGACAUUGCAACACACAGUGUAGGAUCAUUCUGAUAACACUCUACAGUGUGGUUUUGCUUGGAGGCACUGCUGGUACUGUGUUGAUGUUACGCAUGAUGCUGAAAAGGAAAAGCCUAUCAGUGAUUGCCACAAUCGUCUUCAACAUCAUGGUGCUGCACUGCCUUCUCUUGGUCAGCCUUCCCUUCCGCCUCAGCUACUAUGUCUUAGUCGUCUGGGAGCUUGGGUCUUUUACCUGCCGAGUAGUUAGUGGCAUCAUAUAUGGCCACAUGUACUUCACCUUCCUUUUUUAUGUGACUAUUGUUAUACUCCGAUUACUCAUCUAUUUUAAGAAACUCCAAAUGCAACAGUUACAGAAGUAUCAUGCCAUAGUCCUAAGCACAAUCAUUUGGUUGAUGGGUAGCCUCAUUUUUUUACCAAUUUUUUUCCUACAGUAUGGUACAAAUCCAGGUUAUUCAGAGCAGCAAUGUUUUGAGUUCUACAAAGACCUCAACCGCAGGGAAUUCAUCAUCAUGAACUACUCCAUGAUUGUUAUCAUUAUGACAACAGUUGCAACUCUCUUUCUGAUACAGAUGGUUGUUAUCAUUCAGCUGAUCAAGGCUCUCUGGCCUGACCUGUGGGCCCAUCAAGAGUAUAGAGCCCAAAUCAAGAGUUUCUUCUUCCUCCUAGUUAUAGUUGUCUGCUUUAUACCCCAUCAUGUAUUCCGUGUACAUUUUAUUCAAAAUUAUUCAGAAAAUUCUGAGUUAGUUCUUUAUAAUGAAAUUUGUGUUGCUUUGACCACUGUCUGUUGCCUGGAUAUGCUAUGUUUCACAGGUGGAGUCAUCCAUUAAGCUUUCC